AUGGAGCCUGACUGCGCGGCGAAUUACAAAGGACUGAAUGAUUGCGUCGACAGCCCAAAAACGAGCAACGACACCGAUAGAACCACUUCCGUCUCACAACGAGUGAAUCAUUCAACGACCAAUUCCACUAUGUCAGACUUCAAAAUUGAGAAGUAUUCGCCAUCUAAAACUGCACAAACAGCAAUUGCUGACUUCACCACUACUAUUGCUAAGCCAUUUGUAACUGAAAGUGUUAAAGAAAAUACAAUAUCGAGCGCAAGCACUCCGUCACCUGCAGAGACAGGGCAGGUCGGGAGUGACUCUCUUCAAAGCUUCACUAUUGAGUUGGGAGCAACAACAUCAUCCACCACUUCCACAAAUGGGAUAUCGCAUAAACAAUCCUCCUCAAUCAGUGUGACUCAAUCAGUAGUUCGUUCAACGCCGCCAAUAGACACAUCGAAAUUUUCGUCGUUGACAACUCGAUACUCUUUAUCUACUAUCACCAAUGCUCCCGUUGAUGUCAGCACCGUCACUACAAGUGCAAUGACUAUCGCUCCGGGAAGAGCUAAUCACACACAAAGUGUCUCUUUUUUACGGGACUUGUUCUAUGCUCGUAAGCAAGCGGAACAACAGGAACUAACCACUGCUGGAAAAACCAAAAUCGCUCAGUUGGCUACGACUACCGUUUCUAGUUCGAUCGCAGUUGGUCUUCCAAUAAUGUUGCCAAAGCCCUUAACUUUCGCUGAACAACGACACCAAAUUGGGACGGAAAGUUUCAUCUUACCUGCGUCAAGAAGUGAUCAACUUCAGAAAUUAAGCAAAUACAAUAGUCUUCGUAAAGCAUCCACGGAAUCGUCUCAGAGAAAUGGUGAGAAGAUCGCGUCAUCGUCGCUUAUUUCUGUUCACGAGGUGACGACAUUAGCUGCAAAGAGCAGGGAGGAAGAACCAAAGACGAUGGUGCCAUGGUGGUCUGCGGUAGUGCUUGGCUUUUUUGUGUCCGUGAUCACUGCAUGGGUGGUCCUUCUUUUCUUGCGAAAAAAAAAGAGGCAAAGAGCAAAUCCCGUCAGUGAGAGCCCUGAAGCAGAUAAGGAUCUUGAAGACCCACUGCUGAAAACUACCGAGAUGUCGGACUCAACGUCUACUAAUAAUAAAAGCUAA